UCAGCAAAAUUCUCAACUAAAACCUAAACUACUUCGAAAACAGAUACUACCGCUGUUGCAGUUUCUCAAUGCAAAUGGCUUCAUUUGCUGCAAAUUCAUCCCUGCUCUCUCCGAAUUCAUUCCGUACUACAGCAAAAUCUUCUGUCACUUCUUCACCCUUCCGCUGCAAUUGCAUUUCAUUUUACAACAACCACAAACCAACAAAUCUAGCUGCAACUACUGCUUUUCCCCUUUCUUCGUCGUCCCACCAGACUCACGAAGGUUUGGGAUUAUGGAGUGAGAAGGCUGGAAAGAAAGAAUCAUUCUCACAGACUUCAGCUGUUAGACAUUUGACCGGAUCGCUUACCUCAGCUGAGGGGCUCCGUUUUGCUAUAGUGGUGGCACGCUUCAAUGAGAUCGUCACCAGGCCACUUUUGGAGGGAGCUUUGGAUACUUUCAAGAGAUACUCAGUAAAAGAGGAAGAUAUUGAUGUUGUAUGGGUUCCUGGUAGCUUUGAAAUCGGCCUAGUUGCUGAGAAGCUUGGGAAAUCAAGAAAAUAUCAAGCGGUCUUGUGUAUUGGGGCUGUGAUUAGAGGUGAUACAUCCCACUAUGAUGCUGUUGCGAAUUCGGCUGCUUCUGGAGUAUUGUCUGCUGGUCUAAGUUCAGGUGUCCCUUGCAUAUUUGGUGUUCUGACGUGUGAUGACAUGGACCAGGCUUUAAACCGAGCCGGUGGUAAGGCAGGAAACAAGGGCUCUGAAACUGCAUUGACUGCUAUUGAGAUGGCAUCUUUGUUUGAGCAUCAUCUGAAGUUUUGAGGGGCGCUCCUGGUUGCGCCCAAGGAGGCUUUGUUGUGUUGUGUUGUGUUGUGGAGUACCUUUCAACUUGCAGGCUUCGGUUACAAUAGUUUUUGGUAACUUUGAAUCGAUAGGAACCUAUAAUAAUCCAAGUAUGUUACCCUACUUUUCCAUUUGAUUUCUUUGAGACCUGAAAGUUCCCAAGGCUUGGAAUUGAUAAUAAAUGAGAGAUUAUCCA